ACGGCGACAAAAGGUACUCAUUUUUUUGAAACCCUAAUUCCUUAUUCAGUUACAUUUCUAAUAACAUCACUCAAUCGAUAGAUCAAUCAAUCAAUCAAUCAAUUUCCCUUUUUUUAAUAAUAAAAUCAAAAUUAGGGUUUCGAAUUGAAUCAUGGAAGAAGCAAUUCAUCAAAUAGUUUCCGAGCUCGAAUCACAUCACAGCGACACACAUUCACUCGAACCGAUAUCCGAAACAUCUCUAUUAUCACUUCAAACACUUGUAGACUACACACUCAACAAACACGACCCAAUUGAACUCGAAAACCUAUCUGGAGAGCUUUCCUCUAGGGGACUUUCUUUGUCGUCUUCGUUAAUCCAUCCUCUCACCGCAACAAUGGAGUCUCGUGACCCUCACGUGUCUCUUCUCGCGUCAAAAGUGUACCUUUCUCUUAUUCUUACUCCAGAUUUUCCUGUUAUAUCGUUUUUUACGUCUGUUGCGUUUCUUUCUUUACUUAGUACUAUUCGUCGGUGUUUCAAGAGUUAUCGGUCGGGACCACCCUCGGGUAAUGUGGGUAGGAAGAAAAAGGGAGGGGCUGGGAAGUCGAAGAAUAAGGGUAAGGGCGUUGAAAUGGGUGAUGAUGAGAGUGAGAGGGAGUUGAUUAGGGAAUUUGAUGUUCGGGUCUUGUUUCCUGUGAUUGAAAGGCUGAAGCUUGUUUUGGGUUUGAUUCAUUUGGAUAGAUUUCCGGAUAGUUUGAAGGCUUUAGUACAGACUGUGGCUCAGAUUCCUGUUUUAGCGAUUGAAUCAUGUGGGAAUACAUCGAAUUACAGCAACUUAUGCAGCUUGUGUUCGGAAAUUUUAAGUGAGUUGUUGAAGUCUGAGCAUGGUGAUAAAGCGGUUACUGCAGCUGAGGUAUUGAAAUCUCUUUCUUCUUCGAUUAUAACGUCUAAAUCACAGGCAAGAAUGUUUGGGUUAUCAUUUGUGGUGAAUAAAAUGGCUGUAAUGGCAAAGGAUUCAGAUGAGAUUCGGAAAUCGAUGGUUAAUCUUCCAAAGUAUUGGGUUGGUAAAGCUCCCGAGAGGGCCGAGCUUAGAGCUUUGGCUGUUGAAUCCAUUCUUGAAAUAGUUAAAACUUUGGAAUAUAAUGAUCAAAUAGAGUUUGCUGAUUAUGUAGUGAGAAUGACUCAAGGGAAACCCCAACUUAGACUACUAGCUGUUGAUCUUAUUCCAAAUUUGAUAAUGUUGAUAGAAGAUCCAUUAGAGAACGAGAGUUCUUGGGGUUUUAAGUGUCUGCAAGCACUGUUACAAAGAUGUUCAGAUGCAACUGCAGGAAUUAGAGCAAGGGCUCUUACUAAUCUGGCACAACUAGUGGGGUUUUUAUCCUGGAGUAGUGAGAAUAAAGCAUUGUUGAUUAAAGUCAUGGGGUUUGGUGAAGAUGGUGGGAUUAAUGAUGUUCUGAGAAAGCGGUGUGUUGAUGAGAAAGCCGCCGUGAGGAAAGCAGCACUCGUUUUAAUAUCAAAGCUGUCUGCUCUUCAAGGUGGAGAUGGUGGAUUUGAUGAUACGUUGCUAAAGAUUAUGGGCGUGGCUUGUUCUGAUCAACUUGUUAGCAUACGGAAGGCUGCAAUUUCUGCCCUGUCUGAGACCUUCAGGAAGUUUCGUGAUGAUAAAGUGGCCAAGGAGUGGUUACAUUCAGUUCCAUGUUUAAUAACAGAUAAUGAAACAAGUAUUCAAGAAGAAUGUGAGAAUUUGUUUCUAGAACUUGUGUUGGAAUGGAUUUCGCGAGCUGAAUCUAGUGUUGAUGAAUCGGGAAUUGACCACAGUGGGGUCUUGGGUCUGCUGAAAGCAAUCUGUAAUGGUGAAGUGACUCCAUGGGUUAAAAAAAUUUGUGCUAAUCUUGGAAAGAAGAAGAAACUUAAGUCCAAGAUUGUGAUUUCGCUUCAAAAUAUUAUCAGGAAUUCUGAGUCUGUGUGGUUAUCCAAUUCUAAACCAAUAGAGAAGUGGGUCGCCCCAGCUGGGGCCUGGUUCCUCUUGUCAGAAGUUUCCGGAUUCCUUUGGAAAGCAGUGGAUUGGGAGUUUCUUUAUCACCAUUGGCAGCUUCUUGACGAACAUGAACAUGAAUCUUCCAAUAGCCCACUUGAAGAAGAGGGCAUAGAGUCUAAUUCUGUCAACUGGGCUGGAGAUCGUGUAUCUCUCUUGCAAACAAUUUCCAACGUAUCGGUGGAACUGCCUGCUGAGCCUGCUGCAGACUUUGCUCAUAAUUUGCUUAAACGAAUUGAGGACUUCAGUAUGCAUUCUAUGGAGGUUACUGCUCAUGUGAAGGCACUCAGAACAUUGUGCAAACGGAAGGCAAAAGAUCACCAGGAGGCUGAAACCCUUGUGAUUAAGUGGGUGCACCAGGUACUCUCAAAAGCUUCCAAAACUCUAGACAAGUACAUGACAAAAGACUCGGAGAUGAGCAAAGCUAGUAGCUUUUGUACACCCCCAAGUGGGACCCAGAAGGGUAAUAGGUUGUCAACCACCAUGUCAAGAUUGUUAGCCGAAGCUACUACUGCUGUUUACACCAUUGGGUCACUUGUUAUUGUUUGCCCUUCGGCUGAUAUGAAAGCCAUUGUGCCUGUCUUGCAUAACAUUAUCACAUCAGGAGUUUCUAUUUCCGACCCAAAACUUAAAAAGUUAUCAGGGGUAUCAGUGUCAGUGAAGCAGACAGCCCCUUCAUUAUACAUUCAAGCUUGGUUAACUAUGGGUAAAAUCUGUCUUGCUGAUGACAAACUCGCAAAACGCUACAUUCCAUUGUUUGUGCAGGAGAUGGAAAAGAGUGACAACGCAGCGCUUCGUAACAAUAUUAUAGUAAUGAUGGCUGAUUUUUGUGUCCGAUAUACUGCUUUAGUUGAUUGUUAUAUACCCAACAUUACGAAAUGUCUCCGUGAUCCCUGUGAGUUGGUUAGAAGACAGACUUUCACGCUUCUCUCCAGGUUAUUACAGCGGGACUAUGUGAAGUGGAGAGGGGUGCUUUUUCUUCGAUUUCUGUUAUCGCUUGUUGACGAAUCAGAGAAAAUAAGACAACUUGCUGAUUUUCUUUUUGGGAAUAUAUUAAAAGUCAAGGCACCACUGUUAGCUUAUAACAGCUUUGUGGAAGCAAUCUUUGUGCUAAAUGAUUGUAAUGCUCAUACUGGACAGAGCAACUCUGGGAAUUCUCAAAAGGAAACCCGCCCUUUUUCCAUCCGAGGUAAUGACGAGAAAUCACGGAGUCAAAGAAUGCACAUAUAUACUUCUUUGCUGAAACAAAUGGUUCCCGAGCAUCUUUUGGCUGCAUUUGCUAAGGUAUGUUCAGAGAUUCUAGCCACCGCAUCCGAUGGUAUGCUCAAGAUUGAGGAUGUUACAUGCCAGUCUGUUCUACAGGAUGCAUUUCAGAUCCUUUCGUGUAAAGAAAUCAGAAUUCCAACAAACAAAGGGCAAUCACUGGAGUCAUCGGAAAUGGAAGAAGAAGUUGCAGAAACUGCUGUUAGAGGACGAGUUAUAACUCAAGGUGUAAAGAAAAGCUUAAUCCAAAACACAAUCCCGAUAUUCAUAGAGCUAAAACAUCUCCUUGAAAGCAAAAACAGCCCCCUUACAGGGCAUCUCAUGGAAUGCCUUAGAAUCAUUCUUAAAGAUUACAAAAACGAGAUUGAUGAGAUGCUUGUUGCUGAUAAGCAACUAAAGAAAGAACUUGUUUAUGACAUGCAAAAGUACGAGUCGCUCAAGGCUAAAUCCACUGCUGCUGAGACUGUUAGUAAGGGAGUAAACAUGAAUGGUGUGCACACAAGCUCAAAGGUGGCUUCCGCUGUGGCUGGUGCAUUGGCUGAAGCCAAGGCUAAAUCUGUUUUAAGGGAUGUGAACCAGGGUGCAGGUACCCCGUCUCUUAGUGCCAUGAACGUGCCUAAGCUCAAGUCAACAGGUGGUGUGGCAAGGCACACAGCAAGGUCAGCUGCCGUACUCGAGUCUCUAAGGAGAAGACAGCCUUUUGACUUGGAUGAUGAGAGUUGACACUUACUUGACAGUUAUCUUACAAGUACUAUUAAAUAUUGAUGGUAAUGAAAGUAGUUAUAACUCAUAACACGAAACAGCUGUAUUAAGCCUACUACAAAGCUGAAUGGCAACUGGUAGAAAGUGGCAAGGGUUUGCAAAAUUUGGCCAAAUCUAACAAUGCCUAAAAACCAAACUGGGAUUAACCGUAUUGGUACCAGUUAAUCACUUGUAUAAUUUGGUUCUCAAUUCUACAGCGGCUAAAUCGGGGGGUGUAUGUAUAUUUCCCAUAGCGCAUAUUUACUUUCAA